AUGCUGGGGACUGUCCUGCUGCUGCUGGCCCUGGCCAAGACGGCAUGCCCGAGCCCAGCCAGCGUGGCGACACGGCGGGCUGAGGCGCUGAAGAAACUCCUGGAAGUCUUUGGCAUGGAAGACCCGCCGGCCCCCCCAACUCACUUCAAGCAGCCACCCCAGUACAUGGUGGAUCUAUUCAACACUGUCGCCAAUGCAGAUGGUGUUACCAAGAACCCUGACAUCCUGGAGGGCAACACCGUCCGCAGCUUCCUGGAUAAAACUCACAGCGAGGAGAUGCGGUUCCUGUUCGUGCUCUCCAGCGUGGCCAAGAACGAGAAGAUCCUGACGGCAGAGCUGCACCUCUUCCGCCUCUGGCCGAGGGUCACAGAUGGGCCCAAAAGGCACCACUUCUGCCAGGUCAGUGUGUACCAGGUGCUGGAGAAAGACAAGCCAGACACCCCUGGAGGAAAGAAGCUGCUGGCAGCACGGCUUGUCUCACUGCAAACCUCGGGCUGGGAGGUCUUUGCCAUCACGCCAGCUGUUCGUGACUGGACCAAAGAUGAAAGCAGCAACCAGGGUUUGCUGGUGACGGUCCAGGGCCUGGGAGGGAGCCCACUUGAUCCCCCACCACUGCAGUUUGCAUCUGGUCGGAGUCACCAUGAGAGCAAGAAGCCCAUGUUGGUCCUUUUCACGGAUGAUGGGCGCCGUGGAGCGUCGCUGCCCACAGUCGGCUUCCCAGAUCUAAAGCCUCAGGCUCCCGAUAUCCCUGCCAAGAUGCCAGUUCCCAAGCUGGGCAGGUCACGCAGCACACGCUCGCUGGACCGGCUCCAGCCCUGCCAGAGGCAUCCCUUGUCCGUGGACUUCGAGGAGAUUGGCUGGUCUGGCUGGAUCAUCUCACCACGGGGGUACAACGCCUUCCACUGCAAAGGCUCCUGCCCCUUCCCUCUGGGUGAGAACAUGCGGCCGACGAACCACGCCACAGUGCAGUCCAUCAUCAACGCCCUGAGGCUGAGCGAGGGUGUCAGCAGCCCCUGCUGUGUGCCCGACAAGCUCUACUCCAUCAACCUCCUCUACUUCGAUGAUGACGAGAAUGUGGUCCUCAAGCAGUACGAUGACAUGGUGGCCGGGAGCUGCGGCUGCCACUGAGGCAGGAGGAGCAGGGGCUGGAAACACCACUGCAGUGGGGGCUGCACCCGCUCCCUCCAGAGCAUCAGUGGGGUCUCUGUCCCACAAACCCUCUAAAAGAGACGGACGAGCAAAGCAAGGGGGUGCUGGGUCUGCCCAGGGUGGUGUCACGCCCUGACAGGGCCAGCCAAGGAAGGCUCAGGGCCAAGCUCUGAUUAAACCCACCUGAACGAGCCCGUGUGAAUCAGCAGCCCCAGGGCAGCAGCUCCAUUUUGGGGUGCCCUGUGUGGGGUCAUGGGUAUCUCUGCCCAUGCAGAGGCUCCUGCAGGCUGUACUAUAUGUAUAUAGCAAGAGCACUAAUAUAUGACAGAAGCUGCCUGUAC